UUCAGUUGGACAAGAGUCUCCUUGGAUUAGAAUUCUUAGUAGCUCAAACAGCUUCCUCCAUGGAAGCAAUAUUUUGACAUUCCAUGGAUAUUUAAAGAAGGGUGAGUAUUUUGAGAAGUCAAAAGAAGCAUCUGCUAUACAAAUGGGUCGAGUUCUAUGAACCCAAAUUUAACGGAUUAUGGCUAUUUGAUAAGUUUGUGUGGUGGUUUUUAAUUGUUCCCUUUCAAAAGCAUUCAUUCUCGGGCUUUUUUUAAAAAAAAAAAAAAAAAAUUACCUCUUUGCCUUCCUUGUUGAUACGAGUGAGUGACGAGUUUGGGUUAAGCACCAAGUGUCAUCUUUGGUUUGUUACCAUGUUUUCUGGUAUCACCUAACAAAAUGGCAAAAUUUACUACUGACUUUGUCAAACUUUUUUUUUUUUUUUACUAAAUCUAAAUCUGUUUUAGUGGACCUAUAGUUCUAUUGGCAAAUUCCUUGUAUUCAAACCCUCACUACAAAAUAAUUUUUUGGUAUUUGAAGAGAACAAGGUUUAUUUUAGUCAGCAAUCUAUGUGGAACUUAAUUAGCAACCUUAAAUUCUUACAAACCUACUUUAUAAAAGACUCGGUUUCAUUUACUCGGGACUAAUUAAGAGCCUGUAAUCGCAUGAAAAUAGAAAUGAAACCAUAUUAAAAUUAUAAGAAAUAAAGAUUGAGUUUAACUUUGACACAUGGAUAGAUAUUGUGAAGAUUUAUAGUAAUAAUUAUUAUAAAAGUCAAUAAUUAUAUCAUAUGCAACAGUUCAAAAAUUAAAUGACUAAUUUUGUUUAAAGUAUUGGUACAUAUAUUCUAACUAAAUUUAUAAGGAUAUACUUAUGAUAAUCCAACUUGGAUAAAUCUAAACAAAUACACUACCUAAAAAAACAAAACAGAAAUACUAACAGUCCUAAUCCUACGUUGAAUCAUACAUAUGCCACCUGCUGUAGCAUUGUUAAGAUUUGGCCCUCAAAUUAUUUUGCUACAAUUCAACUACAGAAGCAGUGACAGAAAGAGGAGGAGAUGACAGGCUCAGCAGAUCCAUUAGUGAUAUCAUUUGGUGAGAUGCUCAUCGACUUUGUUCCUGACACAUCUGGUGUCUCCUUGGCUGAGUCUUGUGCCUUUAUCAAAGCCCCUGGAGGUGCUCCUGCCAAUGUUGCUUGUGCCAUAUCCAAACUUGGUGGUAACGCUGCCUUCAUUGGCAAGGUGGGAGAUGAUGAGUUUGGAAGGAUGCUAGUAGACAUUUUGAGGGAAAAUGGGGUGAACACAGAUGGUGUUUGCUUUGAUAUGGAGGCAAGAACUGCAUUGGCUUUUGUGACAUUGAGGAAGGAUGGAGAGAGGGAGUUCAUGUUUUAUAGAAACCCCAGUGCAGAUAUGUUGCUGAAAGAGUCUGAAUUGAAUAUGGGUUUGAUUAAGCUGGCUAAGGUAUUCCAUUAUGGUUCUAUUAGCCUGAUAGCAGAGCCAUGCAGAUCAGCUCACUUGGCUGCCAUGAAAGUUGCUAGAGAAGGUGGUGCUUUGCUGUCCUAUGAUCCAAAUGUGAGGCUCCCUUUAUGGCCUUCUGAAGAGGCUGCUAGGUCUGGGAUCAAGAGCAUUUGGUUUGAUGCUGACUUCAUCAAGGUGAGUGAUGACGAAGUACAUUUUCUAACACAAGGUGAUCCUGAGAAGGAAGAUGUUGUGAUGUCCCUGUGGCACGACAAGUUGAAGAUGCUUCUUGUGACUGAUGGAGAGAAGGGUUGCAGAUAUUUCACCAAGAACUUCAAAGGAAGGGUUACUGGAUUCUCAGCCAAGGUAGUUGACACAACUGGUGCUGGUGAUUCUUUUGUUGGUGCACUCCUCACUGCUGUGGCCAGGGACCCUAACAUAUUUGAUAACGAACCAAAAAUGAGAGAGGCUUUGACAUUUGCAAAUGCUUGUGGAGCAAUGUGUACAACACAGAAGGGAGCAAUUCCUGCACUUCCAACCGCUGCAGAGGCUGAGAAGUUUAUUUCUAACUCUAAGGCCGAAUAGACUCUCCUUCCAAAUUUGAUAGUCUUCAGGAGACUAGCCAUUCAUUCUCAUUUUAGAGUUUCGUUUUAUAAGCCUUUGAUAACCAAUGACUUAAAAUUGUUGUUUCUGUUUAUGAAUAAUAACCAACUUGUUUUUCCUUCUUUGUA